AUGAGAAAUGGCUGUGAUGGCUGCUGGGAUGCUUGCAACAGCCAAGAGAAUGGGCCGAUAGUCACUUGGAUGCUUGCAGCAACUAAGAGAAAGUGGUUGCUGAGAGGCUUGCAGCAACCAAGAGAAGUUGGUUUUGCCUGGGCAAUGCCUCCCAAUUUAUAUAAGGGAAGGCUCUUUUUGGUUUCUAAUAGGUAA